UGAAAUUUGGCAUCAAACAAGUCUCUCUGGAUAAGCACAUCUAAAUGAAAAUGUAAUGUACAUUUAUAAUUGCAUUGGCUCACGCAUCUAUCAAGACUAGUAUAGGACUUACAAUGACUAUUUGGGCAAUUCAAACAGACUGCUUGAUUCGAAAAUGUGUUUUUAGGCGCCGUAUGGAUGAUGGGACGCAAUUGCGGCGCCCCGGGAUACGCCAAAUUGAGCUCAUUAUUGCUGUGCGCCUCUAUUUUUGUAAAGUGGAUGGCUCUGUAUUGAUAGGAUAAUACAAGACCUCCUGUCAACCAAACGCACCCACCUCUUGAUAACUUCCUUCACAACAGCGCUGCUCAGCGGCGCGUAAGAAGUGUGAAUGCCCUGACUUCUGCAGAGUCCACAUCACCCUUAAUACUGCACAGCCAAUGCAGACCUAGCCCUGCGUCGUUAGGGUUUGGCAGGGGUACAGUCCAGUUGGUGGAGGUAAUACAUUAAAAUUGGCUGCCAACCGCCAUAAUUUAAAAAAAAAAAAAAUCCACAGAAGAAUUAAGUAGCGGUUGUGGGAGUGACGCACAUUUGAGUGACAUCGAAUUGGACCAAUCUUUGGAAGGCUGGCUUUCCGGAAAAUGUCGGCGCACCCGAGUGAGGUUCCUGUGUGCGGUUUAGAGCAAUAACCUUGCAAAUUCAUACUGUCCAGUUGGUCUCGCUCCUCAGAUCUGCGGGUCUACCGGGACGCUGCCGUGAGCAUGGAGGAGAGGCGCUUCGCGGAAGUCCCCAGAGAGUCUGUCAAACUCAUGGCUGAGAGUGCGGGAGUAGAACUCAGCGACGAUGUGGCUGCAUUGUUGGCUGAAGAUGUCUGCUACCGGCUUAGGGAAGCCACACAGAGCAGCUCUCAGUUCAUGAGACAUGCCAAGAGGAGGAAGCUGACAGUAGAGGACUUCAACAGAGCACUGCGCUGGAGCAAUGUGGAGGCCAUAGCUGGCUACGGUGCGCAAGAUGCCCUACCUUUCCGACCGAUCAAGGAGGGCGAGCUAUUCUUUGUGGAUGACCGUGAUGUCAACCUGGUUGAACUUGCCCUGGCCACCAACAUACCCAAGGGCUGUGCAGAGACCAUGGUGCGAGUGAACGUGUCUUAUCUGGAUGGGAAAGGCAACCUGGAGCCUCAAGGUACAGUUCCCAGUGCUGUACAAACUCUCUCUGAGGAUCUGCUCAAGUACUACCAGCAGAUCACCCGGGCCAUACUAGGAGAGGACCCACACCUUAUGAAGGUGGCUUUGCUGGAUCUCCAGUCCAACUCCAAGAUUGCUGCCCUCCUGCCAUAUUUUGUAUAUGUCAUCAGUGGGGUGAAGUCUGUGAGCCACGACCUGGAGCAGCUGAACCGUCUGCUGCACAUGGUGAAGAGUCUGGUGCAGAACCCCUACCUGUACCUCGGCUCCUACGUGCGUAGCCUGGUGUCCAGCGUCAUGUACUGCAUCCUGGAGCCGCUGGCCGCCUCCAUCAACCCCCUCAACGACCACUGGACCUUAAGGGACUACGCAGCACUUCUGCUCAGCCACAUCUUCUGGACCCAUGGAGACCUGGUCAGUGGUCUGUACCAUCAGAUUCUGCUGUCUCUGCAGAAGGUUCUGUCAGACCCGGUCCGCCCACUUUGUUCUCACUAUGGAGCUGUCGUGGGGCUACACGCACUCGGGUGGAAGGCUGUUGAGCGGGUGUUAUAUCCACACCUGCCAGCCUACUGGGCUAACCUGCAAGCUGUCCUGGAUGAUUACUCCGUCUCCAACGCCCAGGUGAAAGCAGACGGACACAAGGUCUACGGAGCCAUCCUGGUGGCGGUGGAGCGCCUGCUGAAGAUGAAAGCCCUGUCUCUGUCCCAGCCAGCGGAGGGGAGCAGCAGCGCCCAGCCGGGCUCUGGGGGCGUGAUGGGUUUCAGGGUGAGUUCCCCCGGGCUCAGCCCCCCUCCAGAGCCCCUCUCCGAGGCCGCCCUGGGCAUCGCCAGCCACCUGCAGGGACCUGGGGGGGCUGGCACCCCCUGGGAUGACUGGACCCCCGUCCCCCUGCCCGCCAUGUACUGUGAGCUCUACUCCUUCUUCGGCGACAGCCUGGCGGUACGCUUCAGCACGGGCCCCAGCUUGGGAGGUUGCCCCCCGUCAGCCCCCUCCCAGCCCCCUGAUACGAGGAAGGAGCCCCCUGGUCCCGCUGCUAACCCAGACACCACGCGCAAGAUGCCUCAGCUCACUGCUAACCUCAACAUCAGCCCCCGGCAAGACGGGAGCCCUCGCACUGAGCCCGCCCCACCUAGUCUAGCUGCCACUGCUCCAGGAAGGUCCCUGGCUCGCUCUUCCUCCUCAUCCUCCAUCCAGCGCAGAAACUCCUCCUCCCGGCCGGGACAGCGCUCAGCGGGUCCAUCCCGCGACGUGUUCACCAAGGCCCGUUUCCCCCCUCCUCAGACCGGACCCCCCACAUUCUCCUUCCUCAUCGGGGGACGUCAGAUGGGCCGGCGCUGCCAGGGUCGCCGCUUCCAGACCAGCUUCAGCUCUCCCCCACCCCUGUCCACCGUACCGCCCCGUGCCUACGCCCACAAGCUGCCCGUCAUCGGGAGGGUUGGCAAACCGGUGCGCCGCUGGACCUGCUCCCACUACUCCCUGCACCUGCCCCUCUGAGAGAGAGAGAAAAGUGAGACUAUGGUUGGGGGUCAAGGCCUUGGAACAGGCUGAGGCUACCUCACUGCUCAGUAGUGCAGGUGGAGUUCCCUAUAUCCUCCCUCCCUAUUCGGCCUAUGACAUAAGAGGUAGACUAGGACUAGAGGAUAGGCACAUUAGGUGGGAGGGACCCUACAGGAGUCGCAUAAGAGACACUGACUCAUGUACACAUUGUUCUAGAGCUCCGAUUUUCCAACCUGAAAAUCACUGACGUCAUGAUUUGACCUCAUUUGUUCUUGAGUUCCCAGUUGUCUUGAAUGCACCAUAAGGACACUACUAGUUUGACAACUUCAGACUAAUGGGCCUGGGGUGUGUUGAAUAGUGGAAUCCAUGGAUAUGGAAGGAGUAUUCGCACCGAGCUGAGAGCUUGACACCGUCUUAACACAUGGACAAUGUAUUUUCUACCAUGUACCUGAGUAAUUUUACCAACCAGUACAUGUAUAUGGACGAUAGCCAAUAUCCUAAAAUAAAUAUUCUUACAAUAUUA